GCCAACUUGGAAACACCGCGGAGAGAAACUCCCUCUCGUUGAAGACUGAACUGGCCCGGCAUUCGGCAGCUCUGCACUCCGGCACACGGCGGCAACACACACCGGCCUGUAAUGAACCUCAGCGGCCUAAUUUCACACCAACCCUCCGCCCCGUGAGCUACCUGGAAGUUUAAACUCCCCUCCAAACUUUCGGCGGGGCUCCUCGCUCUGAACUCGCGAAGUCGUCUGUGUGGCUGGCCUGUGAACCGGAGCGACCGUCUCCACAUGUCUCUGCCUUGUUCCUGCUAGUUUCCAAAACAACCAGGUGAGCAGGCCGUCUGGCUGCCCCCGGGGACCUGCGCAGGUAACGGGGUUAGCUUACCUGUACGUACACGGUGACGCACGGAUCUCUUUGACGCUCCCUUUCGCCCCGAGGCUCUCCCGCAGCCGCCGGAGAACAGCACCGGGGAGCCGCCGAGGACCAGGACGGUCAUGGAGCUACGAGGAGGGAGCGAGAGCCGGCGGAGGGAAGGCAGGAGAAACCCCGCGGGGACCAGCCGGAGGAAACCACCGGUGGAUCUCAUGUACGCCGUCGGUAUUAUCUGCCUCCAAGUUCUGUCCAUCCAGGCUGCCGCCAUCCAGUUCACCAAGGAGCCCAAGUCCCAGGAUGCCUUGCAUGGCCGCAGUGCCAUGCUACGCUGCGAGGUCAGCGAUCCGGCUGCCAUCACUUAUGGCUGGCUCCACAAUGGCCAGCCCCUGGAAAACAGCGAUAGGCGCUUCCAGGAGGGCAGCAAUCUCAAGUUUACUGCCGUGGAUCGGCGACUGGACGCGGGGAACUUUGAGUGCAUUGCACAAAAUGAAGUCACAGGAGAGGUGCUCCACUCAACCAACGCUUCCUUCAAUAUCAAGUGGUUAGAAAGUGGUGGUGUGACUUUGAAGGAGCCCGCCUCAGAAGGGGAGAUCGAGAGCUCUGCGCCGGUCACAUUGCGCUGUCAUAUUGAUGGACACCCACGGCCAACAUGCCAGUGGUUCAAGGACGGAGUUAAGCUGACGGAGAAGAGCCACCAGAUCAACAACAAGGAGAGGACGCUCACCUUUACGAGUGCCAGUCCGGACGACAAUGGCCUGUACUACUGCUGUGCCAAGAAUGCAGCCGGGCACGUCUGCAGCAACAGCAACUUCUCUCUCAACAUCAUAGAUAAGAGUUUCCCGCGGCCCGUGGUCACUCCUGAGGACCAGGUGGUUUUGAGGAACGAGGAGGCUGCGUUUCACUGCCAGUUCACCGCCGUGCCGCCCCCGACUUUGGAGUGGUACCACGAAAACGAGCUGCUGGUGAACAAGUCUCGUCUGAUCCUGUUCUCCAACGGCACGCUGCUGAUCACCCAGGUCAAGCCCAGGAACACGGGGACAUACAAGUGUAUUGGCCGCGGCCUCAGAGGGCCCCACGUUAAACUGGAGGCCUCACUCCUUAUAGCUGAGAUAGAAGACAUGGUGCCUAAGAUGUCGAAGGUUUUCACAGCGGACACCCUGCAGCGGGUGGCCUGUCGACCACCGCGUGGCAGACCUGAGCCCGAGGUGUGGUGGGAGAGAGGAGGUCAGCGGGUGCCCACAGAGGGCAGAGUCUACCAGGAUGGCCUGGAUCUGGUCUUCAGUCCCACAGAGGAGGGAGACUCAGGCACAUACACCUGUGUGGCCCAGAACAGGGCAGGGCGCAAGACACAGGAGGUCACCUUCACCGUGGCGACUGCACCAGUGUGGGUGACGAGGCCACAGGACAGCCUCUUAGAGGAGGGUAAACCAGGUUACCUUCACUGUCACGCUCAGGCCAACCCUGAACCCGAGGUCACCUGGCUCCGCAACAACAUCAUGAUCACACCAGAGGACUCCCGUUUUAAGCUGUUCCCUAACGGCACCCUCAGGAUCAACAGUGUGGAGGUGUACGACGGACAGAUCUACGGCUGUGAAACCAAAACAGUAGGCGGCCGACUGUCUGGUCUAGCAAGAGUCACUGUGCUUGAGAAGCUGAAGUUCACCCCAACCCCCCAGCCGUCUCAGUGCCUGGAGCUGGAUAACGAGAUCACCAUCCAGUGCUCAGCUAAAGGCAGAGAGAGCCCCACAAUCCGCUGGACCAAAGCAGAUGGAGGAGAGCUGCCGCCUCGGGUGGAGCAGAGGAACGGCCAGCUCCACUUUAAGAAAGUCACCCGCAGCGACGCCAGCAACUACACUUGCAUCGCCUCCAACAGCCUUCAGGGGGAGAUCAGAGCCCUGGUGACCCUCAUUGUGGCCGUGUACAUUCGCUUUAAGGUGGAACCAGAGAAUACAACGGUGUACCAAGGUCACACGGCCAUCCUGCACUGCCAGGCCACCGGCGACCCCGAGCCUCACAUCCACUGGAUGGUCAAAGACAAGACGCUGGAUAUCAGUAAGAACAGGAGAAUCCAGAAGAUGCCCAACGGCUCCUUGGUGAUUAAAGAUGUUACGACAGAUGACACGGGCAGAUACACAUGUGUGGCCGGAAACAGCUGCAGCAUCAAAGAUCGUGUGGCUCAGCUGUAUGUAGUAGACAAACCAGUGCAUCCCAUUGAUGAAGACGGGGACAAGGCUCCAUACAAGAUGAUCCAAACCAUCGGCCUGUCGGUGGGAGCAGCCGUGGCUUACAUCAUCGUAGUACUGGGACUCAUGUUUUACUGCAAAAAGAGACGCAACGCUAAAAGACUGCAGAAAGGCCAGGACGGCGAGGAGCCGGAGAUGGAGUGUCUGAACGGGGGUGCCGUUCAACAAAAUGGUCACACCACCGCUGAGAUCCAGGAGGAGGUGGCACUCACCAACAUGGGUACCAUGGCAACAACGGAGAAACGCCACAGCCAUGUGAACAAUGAUAAGCUCCACUUUCCUCGAGCAAACCUACAAACUAUCACUACUUUAGGCAAAGGGGAGUUCGGUGAGGUGCUGCUGUGCAAGGCGAAAGGAAUCGAGGAGAGCGAGGAGGAGAUGGUGGUGUUGGUGAAGAGCCUGCAGACCAGAGACGAACAGCUUCAGCUCGACUUCCGCCGCGAGGCUGAGAUGUUCGCCAAGCUCAGCCACCCCAACGUCGUCCGCCUGUUGGGCCUGUGUAGGGAGGCAGAGCCCCACUACACCAUCUUAGAGUACUAUGACCUGGGAGACCUAAAGCAGUUCCUGAGAAUUUCCAAAAGCAAAGAUGACAAGAUCAAAUCUCAGCCUAUCAGCACCAAGACCAAAGUUUCCAUCUGUGCCCAGGUGGCUCAUGGGAUGGAACACCUGUCCAAUCACCGCUUUGUUCACAAAGACCUUGCUGCUCGAAACUGCCUGAUCAACAGUCAGAGGCGCGUGAAAGUGUCAGUGCUCAGCCUCAGCAAGGACGUCUACAACAGUGAGUACUAUCACUACAGGCAGGCAUGGAUCCCGCUGCGCUGGCUCCCAGCCGAGUCUGUGUUUGAGGACGACUUCUCAACCAAGUCUGACGUGUGGGCCUUUGGAGUGUUGAUGUGGGAAGUAUUCAGUCACGGGGAAAUGCCAUAUACCAAACUGAGUGAUGAUGAGGUGCUGGAAGCUCUGCAGACAGGGAAGCUGAAGCUUCCCGUUCCAGACGGAUGCCCCUCCAAAAUUUACAAGCUCAUGGCCCGCUGCUGGGCACUGAGCCUCAAAGAGCGCCCCUCAUUCACCGAAAUCGUCCACACUCUGGGAGAGCUGCCCUCUGACAGCAAAGUCUGAGACAACUCCACAUCAGAGAGGGAACUUUGACCAACCCCCCCCCCCAAAAAAAGACAGGAAUGCUGGAUUAUUAGUCUCACACAUUUCAGGGAAGACGGUUGAGGAGAAAACACUUUUUUAUGCAUUUCAAACAGUGGAUGUGUGGAUAUAAAGACUUCUUUGCUCUAUCAGUGGAAACGCACUCAUAUUUGUGUGAAUGGCUUCUUGUGAGCAGUGCCAGGAGUUUGCCUUAACCGCAGUGUGGAUGACGCUCCCGUUGACUCCCUGUCUGUGGUUCCACUGUGACCCUGUCUGCGACCGCUCUGUCUCAGAGACGUUUUGUUUCACAGAGCCUCACAACCUCAGUGCCUCUACCCCUGCACACCCACACUCACCGGGACCUCCGACUGCUUAGUAGUGUGUUACGGUGCUCUCACUGGCUCGGAUCAAUGGAAAAUAUUGGCCAGAAGUUUCGGGGGGGGGGGGGAGCCCUUGAAUUUUAGGUUCUCUGCCCUGUCAAGUCUAAAAGAAGAAUGAAGAGACAGUGGGACGUAAUGUCAGUGGAGCAUUGAAGCUUCAGCAACUUCAGACUGUGUGGAGUGAGAUCAUUUCAACGGUUCUGCUUGAACUUAAAAUCCUAUCAGCUGCAUCUUGAGGCCGCCACCCGAAUCCUGGAGGAGACACUACUCUGAACUGUUCCCAUGCUACAGUGUAUGUUUGAAGAAGAAGAGGAAUAGGGUUUGCAUGAAGGUUUGUCUUCUGUUGCGCUUUGCAACGCAAGGAAAAUUUUGGAAAAGAAACCUGUAUUUUGACAACACUUCAGGAACAUAAAAAAAAAGAUCAACGCCAAGGAAUAUAUUGAAUAGAUAAGAAUGUGCCAGUGUGGGCUUUGUACGUUUUUAUGAGUGUGUUUUGUUCUUGUAUUAACUUUGAGGUGCUUAUUGGUCACAACAUAUGGGUAAAAACACCCAUUGUACUACGUUAACAUGUUGCAGGCAUGCAGCCUAUCACCGUGUUUAACCUGCGACAUCAUUUCUUCAGAGGUCCAAUCACAGUUUCCCUGCGGGUCCAGUUUUGUGCAAUGCUGCAGAGUAGACCACCACACCAGGCAAUGUGUACAUAAUGUAGAAGCCAUGCACUAACUUCACUUAAAAAGAAUAUCCCUCUUUAUCAUGUUGUGUAGUAGGACAUGCAGGUGCCUGUUUAUUUAUGAUGAAGGUCCUGUCUUUUUUCUUUUUUUUAAAAAACUGUUUAUAAUAGAAAGGUACUUCUCUGAUGCGAUGUAUUCGUUCUCACGGACCAUCUCAAAGUGCAUUCAGUCUGGGAAACAGCUGGAUAUGCAAACACAAAGUACAAAGGAGGUCAAAAGAGUACUCAUUUAAGUGCCUGGUAAAUGAAGGAUUAUCUUAACUGUUUCCCUCUUUUUUUUUUACUUUAUCUAAUCAAAUGCGAUGGCCUUUGUUUUUGAACUUUUUAUACAUUGUUUUUAGUGUAAUAUUUUGUUUUUAUGAAUGCUAGGCACUCACACCUAGACCUCUUUUUUUUAAUCUGCUUCAGCAAAUGUUCACAGUAAUCACAGAUAUAUACAAAAAGUAUACAUGCUGCUGUCAAUAAAGGUUCACAGUGUUUUUACUCAA